GGAACACUUGAGCAUCUAUUACAAACACCACGGACUGCAUGUGCGGCUACACUCGACUUCACAAGAAUUGUAGAGGAAUAAUUAUUUGGACAGGAUCCAAGAUUAUACCUUAACCGCAACACUAUAGUUUGACAUAUUUACAAAGCUGGUCAACCAAAAGUUUAAACUCAAACGAGUCCAACAAGCGAGUAAACUAGAGAUUGUCUACAAUUCGCAUGAUGAACAGCACAUCUGGAUCAGUUGGGACAAACAAUUCUUACACAGUAAACAACUCCACAAACAUAGCAGCGGACAGAACUGUCGAACUAUGGGUUAUGUGUAGCAUAAACAUCGCCAUCAGUUUGUUUGUCAUCAUCGGAAAUAGCCUCAUUCUCUGGACGGUUUACAAAGUAGAAUCUCUUCAUACAGUUACCAGUAUGUUUAUUGCGAAUGUCUCAGUUGUAGAUCUGUUGACUGGUUUCGUUGUAAUCUCAAUGUCAGUAACCACUGAUUUUAUCAUGCCCCUGAUUAAAGACACGUAUACUCUGAACAAACAGUUCUGUAUUGCCAGAACAUUUAUGUUGGCAUUUUUGUAUGGGUUGUCGCUGUUCGGUCUGAUUGGGAUCGCGAUUGAGCGUUAUGUAGCAGUCAUAUAUCCAUUGCGAUAUAACAGCCUGCUGACAGUGAACAAGGCUAAGGUCAUGAUUGCAAGCAUAUGGCUAUAUAUUCUCACUAUUUCUGUGGUAAUGUUUAUAGAUGGAGUUAACGUGUUUCAAGCUGAACAAGAAUGUUCCAUGAACAAUACUCUCAACCGAUCAUAUUUCACGUUUAUCCAAAUAAACAUUUUAGUUCCAAUUUUAGUAAUCGUUUUUGUAUAUUCGAAGAUUACGUGGGUAGCGCUCAAGCACCGAUCCAAGAUCAUCUGCCAACUAGCCAGCGUUGACAAUGCGAGAGCCGUAGCUUACAAAAACGAGCAUUCGAUUGUUAAGGCAGCAACCAUCGUAAAUGUUGUUUUCAUCAUCAUGUAUGGGCAAUUUGUGAUCAUCUCGUCAGUGAGGUCCGAGUCGGAAUGGUACAAGACAGUAUGGGAUGUAUCAUCGGCCAUAAUUAGACUGAAUAGUGGAGUAAACCCCUGGAUCUUUGGUAUUUGUCAUAAAAAAUACAAAAAUGCAUUGCUUUUCGCCCUCAAAAUAAAACCAAAUGAAGUUUUAUCUGAAUAACAUUUAGUCAACAUUCAUCCUUCGAACGCAGGGCUAGGGCACCAGACAUCAUCCACUCUGUUAAUUCCCUUUUCAUGUUUUGUGGCAAAAGGAAGGAGCGGAAAGGACGAUGUAUGGAGCUUGCCUGGAGGGUAUUUGGUAUCAAAUUUAACGUAUUGUAGUCAUGUAAAAUGUUGGUUAAUUUUUAGCGUUAUGAAAGCUUAACGCAUUUAUCAGUCGUCGAACAUUUCAAAAUAUCAGUUUUUCAUUGUAACCAAACACCCUUCUGUAGGUUAACGGUAAUUUUUUUUUCAUAGUUUUUCAUAACUUGGCAGGUGUUUUAUAAAUAGAUACUCGACAAUUUCCUCUCAUUGACUAUCGUGUUGUGUGUAUAUUUAUGAAUAUCGACGUGUUCACAGUUCACACUGACGUAACAGCUGAAGCUAUUAAUUAAUAAUAACAUGUCGUUCUGUGAUUAAUUAUGGUCCAGAAGAAAUAUGGGGUAUUUUGAGGAUCAAUCGUUUUCUUCGGAUUACAAUGUUUUUUUUACAUUUCCAGCAUUAAUAUAGGAUGGGACCUCA